AUUGAGGGGCAUAGGAGUAAAUAUAUAACCAAGUUUUGAUACCUCCUUUUGUAAGUUACAUAUUAUAUUUAAAAUUUAAGCACCAUCAUCACUAAGAGCAAACCGUGCCUAAAUCUAUGUACAUACCAGUUUUUGUUCUUGUUUUCUCGUCAGCUUGUUCAGAACAAACCUGUCUCUGUUCCAUUGGUUUUGUUUUCCAUUCAUAUAAAUACAAAACUUCUUACGUUUCCAAGAAGACAAAGUCCUAGAUUGUAUCGCCGCUCUUUGUUUUUCUUUUGGUUUUGUAUCAUUGUAUGCAAAUGUUCUGGUCUGGUAUAUGCAGUUCCAUUUUUGCUUGAUGGUGUUCUAAGGUUUCUUUCCAAAUUUUAGAACAAUGGGAUUUCUGGGCAGUGUCUUUGGGAUCAUUGGUUUUGGAAUUGGACUGCCUCUUGGUCUCCUUAUUGGGUUCUUCUUCUUUAUUUACUCCAAGCCCAAGAAAGUUGAGGAUCCUAUUGUCAGGCCACUUUCUGAGUUGGACACAUGUGCUUUGCUUGAUCUUUUGCCUGAAAUCCCAUUGUGGGUGAAGAACGCUGACUAUGAUCGAGUUGACUGGAUGAAUAAAGUUAUCACAGAGAUGUGGCCUUACCUUGCUAAGGCAAUCCCUGGUAUUAUAAGAAGUACAGCAGAACCAAUAUUUCAAGAGUACAUUGGGAAGUUCAUGAUCGAAUCAAUUGAGUUUGACACUAUUAGUGUAGGAGAUCUUCCUCCUUUACUCUAUGGUCUUAAAGUCUAUGAGACUAAUGAGCAGGAGUUAGUCUUGGAAACUCCAAUUAGAUGGGCUUCCAAUUCCAACAUUUCUUUAGUGAUUAAAUUGAUGUCUCUAAACAUUACAGUUCAGUUAGUAGAUUUACAAGUCUUUUCCACAGCAAGGAUAUCAUUGAAACCUCUGGUGCCCUCAUUUCCAUGUUUUUCUAACAUUGUGGUAUCUUUGAUGGAAAAGCCACAUGUUGAUUUCGGGUUGGAAGUAUUGGGAGGAGAUAUCAUGUCUAUACCAGGCCUCUAUCGAUUUGUUCAGGAGACUAUUAAAAAGCAAGUUGCAAGCAUGUACCUUUGGCCUCAAAUUCUUGAAAUACCUGUACUCGAUGCUUCAACAGCUGCAAUAAAAAAGCCUGUGGGAAUACUGCAUGUGAAUGUUGUUCGAGCUCAUAAACUCUUGAAGAAAGACCUAUUAGGAGCUUCUGAUCCUUAUGUCAAACUUAGUUUGACAGGCGAGACGCUUUCAUCGAAGAAAACCACUGUUAAGAAGAAAACAUUAAACCCUGAGUGGAAUGAGAACUUUAAGCUUAUUGUGAAGGAGCCUGAGUCUCAAGUUCUUGAAUUACAAGUCUAUGACUGGGACAAGGUUGGUGGGCAUGACAGGUUAGGAUUACAGUUAGUCCCCUUGAAACAGCUGACAGCUUAUGAGACAAAGGAGUUUACACUUGAUUUGCUCAAGGACACAAGUAUUCGAGAUUAUCAAGAGAAGAAAAAACGAGGGAAACUCGAAGUUGAGAUGACUUUCAUUCCUUUCAAAGAAAACAGCCUCAAAUACAUUAAUGGACCUUUAGAUGCAUAUGGAAAAGCAGAAAGUGUUAUUGACAGGGCAUCAGAUGAUGGAUCUCAUGGUGGAGCAGGUCUGCUUACAGUUUUUGUCCAAAGUGCUGAGGACGUGGAGGGUCGAAAUCACAACAAUCCUUAUGCUGCUGUUCUCUUUAGGGGAGAAAGAAAGAAAACAAAGACAAUGAGAAGAACUCGUAACCCGCUGUGGAAUGAGGAAUUCCAGUUCAUGCUUGAGGAGCCUCCUCUGAAUGAGAAGAUUCAUGUUGAGGUAUUGAGCAAGAGAGGGCUGAUUAGCUUUCUGUCAAAGGAAUCACUGGGGCUUGUUGAAAUUAAUCUGAGGGAUGUUGUUGAUAAUGGGCGGAUCAAUGAGAAAUACCAUCUAAUCAAUUCAAAAAAUGGAAAGAUACAUGUUGAGAUUCGAUGGACAACAGUUUGAGAAAUCUGAAGGUAAUAAAUAGCUACAAGUUACAACCAUACCAAAUGCUGCACUAAAAAGGUCCACACAUGACAAGUUAUGUAUACUCAUAAUUUUUGUGAAAAAGAUAAAUUGGCCAGGUUACAGGGCUGGCUUAAGCAAUGUAUACAAUUAUUCUUUGAUUAGUGGAGUACUUCACAGAUAUACUGCAAUGCAAUUUAGAUAGAAAAUAAUAAUAUGAAGUAUACAUGUAAUUAAUUUGAGCCAAUCUGUAAAAUCAUUUAUGAUGUACAUAGUUUGUAAUCUUUGAAAAUUCAUUUAAUCGACACCUAUCAAUCUUAUUUUUCCAGCUUUUUUAUUUC